AAAGGACUGAACCUUGAAUCCGGGCAACAACAGGCUCUUUCAAAAUCAAACAGGUUUUCUGGAACAAGGUUCACAUGAUAACUGGACAAUAUUUUGUGCAAUGGGUUUUCAUACAUUGAGAUUAAAUCUUAUCCAGAACAACAGAUCUCUUAGUUAAUGGCUGCUGGAAGACAUAAACAUUUAGGCAGUGCAGCCCGAGGAGGUCAGCUCACCCAGUCGAUGUGAAAGCAAUACCAACCGAGGUGCAGCAGAUGAAGAAGGGGCAGCGAGGUCAGCUGACGGAGACAGCAGUGUCGCUCUGAGCUACCCCAGCCUCCACCUCCAUGCGUACAGCGUCGAGAGCAUGACAACAUUUCCCAAUGGUUGUGGAAAUGGCACCACUGUUACUUGUAUAGUUAUGGAUAAUAAAGAGCCCCCAAGCCAGACUAACUGUGUCAGUCAUAAUGGCGGAUACAGCACCAGCAACAGUCACGAAGAGGAAAUCCCAGAGGAUAAACUCAGCCCUUCCAAAAUCAUGCGCUUUUUCACCACCCCUCGGAAACGGGCUAAUUCCAGCUCUGACAGGCCUCAUUCUCUAGUUUUGAUGGGAAACUCGUCCACAUGGAAUGCUUUGUCUUCCAUCAGAAAGAUGGGAUCUUUCAAGAAGCUCAAGUCUUCAGUUCUCCAAGGAAUUCAAGCAAGGGAAUGCUCAGACAUCUUAAAUGAGAAUGAUGUAGGCAAGCAUGGUUCAAACGGGGCAGUGAUGCAGGUUCAGACUAACAGGUAUUCCUAUACGGGCCCUCUACAUGAUUUCCAGAAUGCAGUGGAUGGUUUAGCUUCUGACUGCUCUGAUGCAGAGGAGAGCGAUGAGUCUUUCCUGAGGAAUACUCAUCGCUCACGCAGCAUCAGGAGGGCUUAUGGUGCUGGCCGUAUAAACUUGCUAGACAUGGAUAGAGUUCAGAGUCAUCACAACUGUACUAGGCCAACAUCACCUGUCAUCGUAGAGCCAAAGAUCUGUGAAAUUUUGGUGAAAGACUCUGAAAACAACCGGAUCAUUUAUCGGAGAAGCAAAAGUUCAGAUAACUUGAACUUUCUGAAAAAAAGCUCAUUCAAACGGAAGUCCACCUCAAACCUUACUGAGCUCAAGGCUGCAAAUGAAAAAGAAGUGCCAACAAGGACCGUGAGUAUUAAUUCUGCUGACUCAGACAAAAUCAGUGGGAAUCCUGAGAGGCGAUCCAAGCGAUGGAAGAGCCCUAUCAGGGCAAAGGAUUUUGACCGAGUGUUGAAACUUGUCAGUAAUGUUACAGAUGUUGCGUGGAAGAAAGAUGGCUCGAAGAGCACAGAACCUUCUCCCAGUGAGCAGUCCCAGAGAAUAAGGUCAAACAGCAGACUGCACGAUGACUACUCCCGCAGGGUUUCGAGCAGCACGGAUCAUGACAGAAAGAGAUGCAUCUCCCCAGUAUCUAGUCCAGACUCUUCCUUGCCGGGAACACCUUGUCUGCAAUGCCCUGCAGUUGCUCAGGAUAAAGAAGCUAAAAUGAAUGUAACUGUUGCUGAAGAUGAAAGCCUCAGGACAUCAUCAGGUAUUCCAGACUCUGGCAGCUUAUCACCCACACUCACUGACAUUAGUCCAUUUCCCAAUGAAGUGUUUUAUUCAGACUUGGAUGAACCAAAAGCUACCCAGCAGUUUACAUGUGAAGCUGAAAACCAUCAUGUUCCACCAGUGAGGCCAACUACUCCAAAACCUCAGAGUCCCACCGCAGAGAAGAUCAAGUGCAAUAUGGGUUUCCAGUGCCCAGACCAUCACAGCACGUUGUCACUGAGCUCAUCAGAGAGUGAGGAUAGAGCUGAAGUACCGGGGCCGAAGCUGGGCAGGAAUCCUGUUUGCUUCCAGGACUCAGUGCAAACCAUGUAUUAUGAUGAUGGAAAUGAAGACAGUGGCAUAAGCAGCCACUCUCAGUUGAGCCUCAAUUUAGCCUCUGGUGCUGAAGAGAAAAAGGAAGAGGUUGUUUCUGAUGACCACUGGAAGAGGUCCCCAUCCCAGGAUGAAGAAAAAGCAGACACACAAAAGGUCACACCUAGGAGAUGGGGCUCUGGAAAAAGAUCUCGGCCCAGACCUCUCUCAGACUAUGGCCAAAUGUCGAUCAGAAGUUUCUCUAUACCAGAAGAUGCAGUUGCGGUGGAGUCUCAGAAGGCUGACUGUACGGAUGGAGAAAAUCAGGCAGGACUGGCUUCCAUCGGGUCUGUGAUCCAGAGCAAUACAGUAGGCUGCCACAGAGGGCGAAAAAGAAGACCCAUCUCCGUAAUAGGUGGGGUCAAUUUCUAUGGAAGCGGUCCGGCAGAAGAGAUAGAAGGUCUGCUGACACAACCUGUAACACGGCCACCUGUCCCAGCACACCAGGUGCCCCCUUACAAAGCUGUUUCAGCCAGGUUCCGGCCACUCACCUUUUCACAAAGUACCCCCAUCGGCCUGGACCGGGUUGGACGAAGACGACAGAUGAGAACAUCUAAUGUUGCUGCAGAUGGUGGGACUGAAUCCUCAGCCCUAGUGGAUGACAAUGGCAGUGAGGAAGACUACAGUUAUGAGGAGCUCUGCCAAGCCACUCCCAGGUACCUGCAGCCUGGAGGGGAACAGCUAGCAAUUAAUGAGCUGAUAAGCGAUGGCAGCAUUGUCUAUGCAGAAGCUCUCUGGGACCAUGUGACGAUGGAUGAUCAAGAGCUGGGCUUCAAAGCUGGGGAUGUCAUUAGAGUUUUAGAGGCUUCCAACAAAGACUGGUGGUGGGGAAGAAACGAGGACAAGGAAGCCUGGUUUCCAGCUAGCUUUGUCAGACUGCGAGUUAAUCAGGAAGAAGUGCCAGAAAAUUGUAGUAGUAUCCAGGAUGAAGAACAAGAUGCAGAUAUGAGCAAGCAUCGUCAGAAAAUAGCUGAAAACAAGGAUCAGAUGAGAACCAACGUUAUACAGGAAAUUAUGAACACAGAACGAGUCUAUAUCAAGCAUCUCAAGGACAUCUGUGAGGGUUAUAUUCGGCAGUGCCGCAAACAUACAGGAAUGUUCACUGCAGCUCAAUUAAACACCAUUUUUGGAAAUAUUGAAGAUAUUUACAAGUUCCAAAGGAAGUUUCUGAAGGAUCUUGAGAAACAGUACAACAAAGAGGAACCUCAUCUAAGUGAAAUAGGGUCAUGUUUUCUUCAACAUCAAGAAGGCUUUGCUAUUUAUUCAGAGUAUUGUAACAAUCAUCCCAGUGCCUGCAUUGAACUUUCCAAACUAAUGAAACAGGGCAAAUACCGUCACUUCUUUGAGGCCUGUCGCUUGCUUCAGCAGAUGAUUGACAUUGCCAUUGAUGGUUUUCUUCUCACACCCGUUCAGAAAAUCUGCAAAUAUCCUCUGCAGCUUGCAGAAUUGCUCAAAUACACCACUCAGGAACACAGUGAUUAUAACAACAUAAAAGCUGCAUAUGAGGCUAUGAAGAACGUAGCAUGCCUGAUCAACGAGCGAAAACGAAGGCUAGAAAGCAUAGACAAGAUUGCACGCUGGCAGGUCUCUAUCGUAGACUGGGAGGGACCAGAUGUGUUAGCCAGAAGCUCAGAAUUGAUCCACUCAGGAGAACUGACCAAAAUCUUAAAGCAAGGCAAAAGCCAGCAGAGGACUUUCUUCCUUUUUGACCAUCAACUUGUGUUCUGUAAGAAGGACUUACUGAGAAGGGACAUUUUAUAUUAUAAAGAUCGUAUUGACAUGGACGAUAUGGAAAUUGUGGACACUGAAGAUGGGCGAGACAAAGACUUUAACAUUAAUGUCAAAAAUGCUUUUAAGAUAAUAAACAGAGCAACAGAAGAGAUACAUUUGUUCUGUGCAAAAAAACAGGAGGAUAAAAAGAGAUGGAUGGAGGCAUGCGAAAGUGAAAGGAGAAGAGUUUGGGAAGACAAGGAAAUGGGAAUGGAAAUCUCAGAAAACCAGAAGAAACAAGCCAUGCAGAAUGCCCGUAAGUCAAGGCAUGGAAAAAUUAAAGGAGUAAGCUAUAAUGGGUGUCCCAUGCCUCCUCCACACCAAAGCCUGCAUCCUAUUCAUCAGCGCCACAUCACUGUGCCUACCAGCAUCCCGCAGCAGCAGGUUUUUGCCCUGGCAGAACCCAAGCGGAAGCCAUCCCUCUUCUGGCAUACCUUCAACAAACUUACCCCCUUCAAAAAGUGAGAGGCCAAGGACAUGAGAAGAGCAUUGGCACAGAAGGAGUCUUACUGCAGAGGAGAACCUUGGAGACAUGGUUAAGCUUAUUCGAGCUCAGUGAAUCUCCAGUUUUGGAGAGAAAACCUUGGGCUCCCUUGAGCCAGAAAUACCACCUUUGUCCAGGAGAAGUAGUUCCUCAACUCUGCUCUGAAGUCAAUGUUUCUGGAUGUCAGCAUUGCUGAUGAAGAGCAGUUUCCCUUCUGACAAAGACAACUUGCUGUUACUUUUAAGCAGCAGUAUUUUGAUCUCUAUUUCUUAGUUACGUUGAAGUAGUGAUGGAAUCAUGCAGGUCAUUGUAACAUUUCAUUUUUCUUAAUCUUACAUUCAUGGCCAAAUUUAGAGUAGGGAGGAGUUUUUUGUUAAGGGGGGGUAUAUCAGCAAGGAAUCUUAGGAGAGUUUUCUCCUAAGCAGUGAGCAGAGACCACCCAUUAAAAUCAAGUGGAGAGAUCCCAUGUGAUUAACCUGCUGUUGCAGAAUUUGCAGAAUCCUUCCUGUCUUCUUCUAUUAAAUUGCCAAAUGGCAGGAGAACGUCUUGCAAGGCCUUACCAUAUUCCAGAUUGGAACAGGGAAAUUUUAUUCUGUCAUAUAGAAACAUGAACAGUGUGUAAAAUGGACUAUAAAGAUGUGUGCAUUAAUUGCACACAAGUGGAAGCAAGAGGAGCCCAGGGCAUCUCAGAUUGAUUACUUUCAGUUGCAGCAAUAUACUGCAUGCAUGUAUGCUCUUCAGUGUAGAGGUUUUAUAUCACCUUUUGCGCACUUGUUAGCCUGAGACGGCUUACCAAUAUGCUUAUCUCUUUGUGUAAAAAGUAUUUUUUUUUAUUUUUUAAUGAAGAUAAUGUGAAUGUACAAAGUCAGAGCUGAGACAGUACGUGCUGACGGCUGACUGCUGGCUAUGUUACGUAGUUCUCACACUUUGUAUUCGUCUAGCUUGACUUAGUAAAUGGAUGAAUGGUAAUGUAACUAUAUAGAAGUGGUCUGGAUCCAUGCUUCUUAUACACAGUCGAUUGACAAAGGGUUUUGACCAAUUCCGUCUUCACAAAGAAAGAGAAAUCCCUACUGGAAGAGGCAGUGAAGUUGUGUGCACCAGAGAUGGAUUUUUGUCUGAGUCAUCAGUCUGUUUUGGAAGGGGAGGAACCUAGUUCAAUUAAGGUCAGCUCUCGCCAGCAUAUGCAAUAUGUGAUUUGCAUUACUACAGUUUGCCUAUGACAUGAAGUUGAUUUGGGAGAAUAACUUUUAAUAAGCCACCAGGAAGAAACAGGAUGUUGGUAUGUGCAGCACUGAUUAUUUCUGCUUGAUAGCUCUCAUUAAAGAUGACAAGACUGCUUGUAAUAUGGAAGGAAAGAAAGACUCCAUAUGUUUCAGAACUAAUCUGCUAUAAAUGUCUUUACAAUACUUUAUCCUAUGCUGCUGAUUAGGGGCAUUAUCUGAUGAUAAGGAUAGAUCCAAGGGUAUUCUUUGACAAUGGACACAAUCAGCUUUGUCAUGAAUCUGUAAUAUAUGAAGAACAAACAAGGGGCUAGAGGCCAGGCAUCUUAACAACAAUGUAAAAAAGCCUUAUUUAAAACAUGUAUUUGUUCUGACUACUACUGUUACCUCUAUAUUUUUGUUUCUCAUCAGUGUUGUGAAGCCUACCAGUUGCUAGAUUUUGUGAUUCGAUAACUUUGUGGCAACUUCUGCAAAGCCCAGGUUUGUGGUUUUGAUUUUAAAAGACAUCUUUUGACAAAUGUACAUUUCAAAUGACUCGUGUAUAUAGAUCAGCAAUAAUGCAAAGCCUGGUGAUGCUCAGCUGAAUUGUUUACUGCUUAGUGAACUUCAUUGCUUUUGCUUUUCCAUAGCAAUGGAAAAUGACCUGAAAUAGUUAAGAACAGGAAGUAUGCACUGACAUGAUCCAGCUUAAAGAAAAUGCACGGGAAAGUUAGUGAAAAAAGAUGGGUUGUACUUUUUUUUGAUGUUUAAAACAAGCUAUUUCUUUUCAGACUUUUUAAAAAGAUAAUUCUAAAUACUCCACUUAAACACAAGGAGCAGAUUUCCAAAUGCAGGCAUGGGUGCAUGCCAUUCCCCUUUAAAGAGUAAUCCUUUUGUGUUUCUUACAUACUGAUUUUUGUGGGUACUUGCCACGUUCAGGAUUGCAAACCAAAGCGAUGCAUGUACUGUGGAAGUGGAGAUGAUGUUUUUCAUAAUUACA